GAGCGAGUGAAUUUCAAUUCACCCCGACCCAGUGAUAGACGGUAAGAAAUGAGAUGAGAAGUGGAUCAAUUUCCUCCUUCUUUUCCACCUCUUCUCUCUCUACUCUCCGAUCAUCAUCCGCCGUCGCUCGCUCCACACCUCUACCACCGCUACGCAACUUCAAAAUUCCAGUUAAUAAUAAUAUAAUCACUCGUGCCUCAUCAUCAGUAUCGAUUAUGGCGUCAUCACAUAGUCCUGAGAAAGCUAGGGUUCCGCCUGCCAUUGAUUUGCCCCUCCCUCCUAUCUCCAAGUUCAAGAUUGGAUUAUGUCAGUUGUCUGUGACAGCAGACAAGGAGAGAAAUAUUCGCCAUGCUCGUCUAGCAAUCGAGGAUGCAGCAGAAAAGGGCGCCAAACUUGUUCUUCUGCCUGAAAUAUGGAACAGUCCGUAUGCUAAUGAGAGCUUCCCUGUGUAUGCGGAGGACAUUGAUGCUGGGAAAGACUCAUCUCCUUCAACUGCAAUGUUGUCCGACGUUGCUCGUUCUUUGAAGAUCACGAUAGUUGGUGGGUCUAUACCGGAAAGAUGUGGGGACAAGCUGUACAAUACAUGUUGCGUUUUUGAUACUGAAGGAAAGCUGAAAGCGAAACACAGAAAGAUACACCUUUUUGAUAUCAAUAUUCCUGGAAAGAUUACAUUUGAGGAGUCAAAGACUCUGACUGCUGGAGAAACUCCUACUGUUGUGGAUACAGAUGUAGGACGCAUAGGCAUUGGUAUCUGCUAUGACAUCCGAUUUCAGGAAUUGGCCAUGCUAUAUGCAGCUAGAGGCGCUCACCUACUUUGUUAUCCUGGGGCCUUCAACAUGACUACUGGUCCACUGCAUUGGGAGUUACUACAAAGGGCAAGGGCGGCUGAUAAUCAGUUAUAUGUAGCAACUUGCUCUCCUGCUCGAGAAGCUGGAGCUGGGUAUGUGGCCUGGGGUCAUUCGACCCUUGUUGGACCAUUUGGAGAGGUAUUGGCUACUACAGAACACGAAGAGGCAACCAUCAUAUCUGAAAUUGAUUAUUCACAAUUAGAUCUUAGAAGGAUGAAUCUCCCACUACAGAAGCAACGCCGUGGUGACCUUUACAACUUGGUUGAUGUUCAAAGGUUAAAUUCUCAAUGAAUGCUUCAGGUAUCUUAUGGGCCAUAUCUGAUCAUCGGAGCUUUGAUCCAUGUAGCCUAUCUGAACAACUAGUGUGUUGUAACUGAUUACAUUCGUGUUGUUUUUUAUCUGUUAGCAAUUAAUUUCCCUCUGUUGACUUAGAUGUGGGCUCUUUGCAAAUGCUGGAUCCCCAAUAGCACAUUAAUGUGGGGGGAUUGUUUGCUAAAAUGGUUGGAUAUGAUUGUUCAAAUGGUUUCUGAGAAAAGAGUUCAAUGUCUAUUGAAAUUUUGUAUA